GCAUUUUGGUGGACGAUGACCCUCGGCUGGUGUUUGGACAGUCACACUGUUUGUCAGUCUUCAUCGGGAAACAGAGACACAUCAACUGAAGAAGACAUGUCCACUGAAUACCAUGACAACGUGGAGGACGACACCAGCUCCUUCUGGAACAAAGAGCGUCCUCCUGUCUUUGUCUCAGGAGUCUCCAGGUUCAGACGCUGGUUGUUUCCCGCUCUGACAGCAACUGUCAUCCUGAUCCUGAUCAUCAUACUGGGAGCAACCAACACAAAGACGUUGAACCAGCUGUGGUCUGUGGGAAAAACUGUUUCCAACAUGUCUGAAUCACUGAACUCAGCGCAGCAUCUCGCCAAAGAUACAGCGAAAGACGUCCACCGUCUGAAGUUCGCUGUGGAGAACAACAAGGACCAGCUGACCUCAGUGGCCGAGGCCCUGAAGCAGCUGUCAGCUCUGGACGCUCUCCAAAGGACGGUCACCGAGCUCAAAUGUUCCCUCGAACGCAUCAUCAACAACAGCUCAGUUUCGAGCAGCUGUUGUCCCCUGAACUGGGACAGUUUUGGCACCAGCUGUUAUUUCUUCAGUAGGACGCCUCUGAACUGGCACGAUGCCAGAGACUGGUGCAAUGGACACGAGUCCCACCUGAUCAUCCUCAACACGGAUGAGGAGUGGGACUAUGUCAAACAGUACACCACGGGGACGUUCUACUGGGUGGGUCUGACGGAUGAGCGGGGGGAGUGGGAGUGGGUCAACCAGACGCCGUACGUCAUGAACCGCAGGCGGUGGAGACCCGGUCAGCCCGACGCCUGGACCGCUCACGGUUUGGGCCACGGAGACGAGGACUGCGCUCACCUUCACAGCGACGGACGCCUCAACGACCUGCACUGCUCCACCAGUUUACGCUACAUCUGCCAGAAACACAGCUGAAGAGCGCCUCACAGGCCCCGCCCACCGCCUGCGCAGGCUCCGCCGACGCUCCAUCCACACGCUGCUCACGCCCCGCCCACUACCCGCUCGCAUCCUCUGUAACAUUAAAAACAUUAAAUAAUCUGAUCGCAACACCUGAGACUGACCUGUUUCUGUCGUUACCAUGACAACGGGCUGAUGACAUCAUGUAUCGUCCAACAGCGGUUGGUGUGAUGUCUGAGGAGUCGGCGCCUCCUGCUGGUUAGAUUUAGGAAACAUAAAGUGACACAUUUAAGGUAAAGUUUCGAUGAGAUGGUUAGAUUGAGGAAAGAAUCAGAGUUGAGCUUAA